ACACCGUACCUCUGACGUACGUUUGCUAAGCUGGAAAACAAAGAAAACCUUGAAAAGGAGUAUAGGUCCCUCGUUCCUGCUCUGCGCACUCAGGUUUAGUGUUUUCAGAACUUCCUACACCCGCCCCGUACUUGCGUACGCGUCUCCCCGUUUAUUUCGACUGUGUUGCACGGCCAGUAUAAAGCAGGCCCGACGUUUAAUCCAGAAAGACAGUCAACACCUCAGUUUGAAGCGCGAUUCUCAUCUUCUGUUUAUAGUCGAAUAUUGUCCUACAUACCAAAAAUAAAAACAUGCAGUCCCUUCUUGUGAUCCUGGGCUUCGUUUGCUUCCAGCCGCUGAAUGCUUUCAUCAACAUGGCCGACGUCGAUUGCGGCAUAUCGAAAUUCACCAACGGACGGAUCGUCAACGGCGUCGACGCCGUCGAAGGAGAAUUCCCUUGGAUGGUGUCGCUGAAACUGCUGCGCGGCCAGAGUGGCGAGCACUUUUGCGGUGGCGCUCUGAUCAACAAACGCUGGAUUCUAACAGCGGCCCAUUGCGUCCUUAAUCGUCGGGCAUCGCAGAUCCAAGUGAGCGUGGCGGAGCAUAAUCUGCUGGGCGCCGAUAGCCAACAGACCAAGUUAUUCCGCGUCAAUCAGAUCGUCAUGCAUCCGUCGUACGUGACGCGCCAGUUGGCCGAUGAUAUUGCCCUUGUGAACCUCGAUGAAGAGAUCCAAUGGAGCGAUCGCAUUCAACCCGCCUGUCUUCCUAAUCCGGACAAAGAUUCAUUCGCCGGUUUGUUGGCCACCGCUGCCGGUUGGGGUUGGACCGACGAGGUCAAAAACGGUGGUAAAAGGGCCAAUACGCUGCAGAAGGUCGAUGUGCCCAUUUUGGCUAAUGCCGAAUGUCAGCAGUGGUACAAGGACGAAAAAAAAUCGCUGACUAUCGUGAGCACGGCCUUAUGCGCCGGUCUCGAAAAUGGCGGCAAAGAUUCUUGUCAAGGUGACAGUGGCGGACCGUUGAUGAUUAAAAAAGAUGGACGUCAUCAGGUGGUGGGCGUCGUCAGCGCCGGAAUCGGUUGCGCUCGCCCUCGUUUACCUGGUCUUUACACGCGUGUUAAUAAUUACCUGGAUUGGAUUGCCCGCACUGUCCGCAUGUAAUGAAACUACGAUUGGCCCCACUUUGUUGUGUACAUCUUUUUUAUUUGCACAUUUGUUUGAAUUUUUCUUAAAUAAAGAAAGAUACUUUUUGUA